AUGUCUGCUACAGAAAAAAGAAGUAUCCCAACAACCGUUGCCUUCCACGCCUGUUUUUCACACUAUGCAGGUAAUCUUGGACGUGCUCAUGAGCUUGGAUAUGAUUAUGUUUUCGUAGACACACACGCUGCUUAUGACAAGUUUAGUGGAACAUUUCGAGUCCCGUCUGAAGGAGUCUAUGCGUUUACUUGGACUACAUUCACCUAUUAUGGUGAUAUUGUCCUUGAACUUCUUGUAAAUGGAGUUGUAAAGGGAAGGUCUCAUUCAGCAUCAACUGGUGAUGUAAUUUCUUCCACUGGAUUCGUGAUUAUUUCAGCAGCAGUAAAUGACGUGGUGAUGGUCCGAACACAUCCUAAUUUUGAUCCUCGUGGUGUUAUUAGAAGUGAUGGAUCUCCGACAAAAUGGUCAUUUCAUCGUGUGCUCUUGUUUUUUUUUUAUUUUUUAGGAACCGCUUUAACGGAAGAACCUUGGAGAAAAGAACUUUUGGAAUUGAAAGAAGUCGUCAAGCAGCAAACUAGGCGUCUGCAGGACAAUCAUAACCAGCUACAAAAUCAACUGAAUCUUAUCGCCAAAUUGACAGAUGAAAAAAUCAAACUCGAAUCUCGAAUCUUAACUUUGGAAAGAUUGGUUCUUGACCAGAAUGAGUCGACUAUUGACAAACAUAUCUUAAGCCUUGCAAAGUGGCAAGAGAAAACCCAUGUAGAAAUAAGUGUCCCUUCAACCGUUGCCUUCCAUGUCUGUUUUUCCAACAAUGUAGAAAACCUUGGUCGUGUUCAUGAGCUUGCAUACGAUCAAGUUCUAGAAGACACACACGCCGCUUAUGACAAGUUUAGUGGAACAUAUCGAGUUGUCUGAAGGUUACUAUGUGUUCACAUGGACAACAUGCACGUAUCAUGGUAAUAUUCCUCUUGAACUUCUUCUCAACGGAGUUGUGAAGGGGAGGUCUCAUUCACGAUCAACUGCUGAUGACGAUCCUGCCACUGGAUUGGUGAUUAUUUCGGUAGAUG